ACCAUCUGUCGUCACUUGCGCCUCGACUCUCGUGAAGACUAGAAGUGGAGGCUCACCUGUCACUCAGACGACGAAGGAAGAAGUCUGUUGAAGUGAAAAAAAGUGUUUAAAGUUCGGUUUCGUUUUUUUUUGUGAUUCGUCAAAAUGCUCAGAAUUCCUGCACUCGUCCUGCUGUUGGUGGUGUCCGUCUAUGGCGGCCAGAGCUGCUGGGACCGCCGAGAGCACAGGAAUAUUCGCGAGUUGGUGAGGAGCGUCACGUGCAUGGACCGGCCACGCAAGACACUCGUCCCUCUGGCCGUUCCCAAGGGCUUCGACUGGGUGUACCCGAGCGUGGUGGAGGUGCCCAGGUGCGCCGGGCAGAUGUGCAUUCAGCUGGACCAAGAAUGCGUUGCCACAGAAACCAAGAACAUGACGAUCACGGUCAAUGCUCACAGACUGAACUCACUGAUGGAGUAUGAAUGUGUUACCCUCACCGUGCAGGAAGACAUCAGCUGUGGUUGCAAUUGCGAGAGGUCCCAGGACAGCUGCGGUGCAAAUGAGGUGUUCAACAGCAACUUCUGCCGCUGCGAGUGCAAGCGAGGGCUGAAGAACGAGUGCAAGGAGAAGAUGGACAAGAUGCCCGGCCUCUUCAUGUGGGACGAGAACUCUUGCACUUGCCCUUGCAACAACCAGCACGUCAAGUGUGGAGACGGCCAGGUGUUCGUGCAAUCGACGUGCGAAUGCCUUUACGUGAUGGAGUCUUAAGACGAAAGAGAAGCGACGAGAGAGAAUAAUCGGUAAAGAAUUAAAAUGCGGGGAGGAGAGGGAGAGGGAGAAGGAGAAAAGGGAGAGGAAAGGAAGGAUAAUGCUAACAGAAAUAACCAAAAAAAAGCAGGAGAAAGAGAGAGGAGAAGAGGAAGAAGGAGACAGAGAAAAGGGAGAGGAAAGAAAUGAUAAAUGAUAAUAAAAAGGUUAAAAAAGAAGCAGAAGGAAGAAGCGUAGAUGGCGAAAUAUGGGACGAAAGGCGGGACAGUACGGAAGGAAAGGAGAAGAAAAGGUGAAAUGAAAGAAAUGAAGAAAGGGAGAGAAGCGGAAGAGGAACCAGAGGCAGCCGAAGCAGAUGUGUUUUCCAAAGGAAUCAUCUGUUCGAUAUCCAUUAUACUUAUGUUAUCAGCACUCACUUUUGUACUCUGUUAUUCACCGAAUAAAGGAAGCUGAGACUGAGCAGGAAAA